AUGUCUUACCGUGGCCCUAACCAGUUUCAAAACCAGUUUGCUGCUCCCCACCUUCAAGGCCAGCGCCUGCAGCAGCAGCUGCAGGUGCCGGGCGCCGCCAACAUCCACCCGCAGCCCCACCCCCACAUUGGCCCCAUUGCAAGCUCAAAGUCGCCCUUUGAGCAGUUUGAGGAGUUCAGCAAGAAGAUUGAGGACUUGAUCGACGAGUACUUUAAGCCGUUGAAGCCCUAUGUGCCCGCCAUUGGCCGAGCUUUCCUCGUUGCUACAUUCUACGAGGACACCAUCAGAAUCUUUAGCCAGUGGAACGAGCAGGUGUACUACUUGCACAACUAUAGACACUACUGGAGAUGGUUCACGAUUGUGUUUCUUGUCAACAACAUGCUUGUGAUGUCGAUUGCCUCGACCUUGGUGAUUAUCAGGAAAAAAAUCAACAUUGCGACAAUUGGCUUGAUCAUCGUGGUUGUCGCCCAGGGGAUUGCCUAUGGGUUGUUGUUUGAUGGCCAGUUCAUCUUGCGAAACUUGUCGGUUGUCGGCGGCUUGGUGUUGGCGUUUAGCGACAGCAUUGUGAGAGACAAGAGAUCGUUGAACAUGCCCGGGUUGCCCAUGUUGAACAACCAGGAUAACAAAAAGUACUUUUUGCUUGCGGGCAGAUUACUCUUGGUGCUUUUGUUUUUAGGUUUUGUCUUUUCGUCAGACUGGUCGAUUGGAAGAGUGUUGAUCAUCUUGGUGGGGUUGAUCUCGUGCACCUCGAUUGUUGUUGGUUACAAGACCAAGUUCUCGGCUGCGAUAAUGUUGAUUUUGUUGUUUAUUUAUAACAUCUUCACCAACCAGUUCUGGGCCUACGAGUCGAGAGAUGCAAGAAGAGACUUUUUGAGAUAUGAGUUCUUCCAGGUGUUGUCGAUUGUGGGUGGUUUGUUGCUUGUCGUUAACGCGGGAGCCGGUGAAUUUUCCAUUGACGAAAAGAAGAAGAUUUAUUAG